AAAUGGCCUUCGUCUUCCCUAAUAAAAAUUUCUGAUUCAACCUUUUCUCGGGCAUUGCCAUUUUUGUGGCCAAGCUAAUGCUAAUUCAAUUCUCUCCACACAUAUAAAUAAAUACAUACAUACAGAAAUCUAAUAUUAUUCUUAUUUCUUCCCAAAUUCCUCUUUCUGCUAUGCUUCGAUUCUUUUGGCCAUGUCUUUUUCUUCCAUCCAAAAGCUUCAUCUCUCACAAUCCCUUCUGGGACAAGUCUCCAUUUCUUACUAUUUUUGAACUCCUCUUUUUCUAAUUUUAAUCCAAUUUCUAAAUCUCUCUCUCCUCCCCCCCCCCCCCCCCCCCUUUUUUUUCCAAUUCUAAAAUUAGGGUUCUUGUAGACAGCUUCUACCCCUAAAUCUUGAACCCAUAAAUCUGAACUUUUUUUUGCAGGAAAAUUUAAUUAGGGUUUCUAGGGGUCCAUCCAUCCAUUGUGCAGAUUUUAUUUUUUUCAAAAAAGGAUCAGAAAAUUUGCAAGUAUGGUGAGGGGAAAGGUUGAGAUGAAGAGAAUAGAGAAUGCAUCGAGCAGACAGGUGACGUUUUCGAAGAGAAGAAAUGGGCUUUUGAAGAAGGCUUACGAACUGUCAGUUCUUUGCGAUGCUGAAGUUGCUUUGAUCAUUUUUUCCCAGAAAGGAAGGCUCUUUGAAUUCGCCAGCUCCAACAUGCCGAAGUCGAUUCAACGAUACAUGGAACUUACAAAAGAGCGAAAAUCGGACAAAGAAGUUGAGCAGCACUUACAGCAUUUAAAGAACGAAGCAGCGUACAUGGGAACGAAAAUAGAGCUACUUGAGAAUUCCCACAGGAAGCUUUCGGGGCAUAAUCUCGGAUCUUGCUCGAUGGAGGAGCUUCAAGAAGUCGACAUCCAGCUGGAAAGAAGCCUCAAAAUCAUAAGAUCGAAGAAGGCUCAACUGUUCAAGGAUGAGAUAGAAAGAUUACAAGAGAAGGGGAAAUUUCUGCGCGAAGAAAACCAAAGACUCUGCGAAGAGAUCGGUUUGCAGCAAAAGCAAGUAGUCGGGAAACGUAAGGAGAUAUUAAGCGUAAGCGCGCAAACGGAGAGUUCAGAAGUUGUGACCGAGCUAUUUAUUGGGCCGCCUACGACGAGAAAUGGCUUGUAAUAGAUGGGAUGAUACAUACAAAAUAUAUAUAUAUAUAUGUAUGUAUCAUCGAAUGAUUUGUAAUAAUAUGUUUGAUAAAAUGUAGCAAAUAUAUAUGUUGCUGUAUUUUAUUUUUACUUGUUUGGUAGUAAUAUUAUUGUUGUUAUUA